CCGGUGUAACCCCGGGUCCCUGGGCCGGCCCCCGCGGCGCCGCCCGUCAGCCGCCCACUCCCGUCAGGCUCCGGGCGGGAUGGCGGCGGCGGCGGGAACACCGGGCGGCGAUGCCUUCCAGGAGAAGCUCAUACGGGUUACUUUUUGGCUAAAGAAAUUAUAUGACGGUGUGCCCAUUCCAGAGUAUGAGGUGAAUGAAAGGACAGUGGAUAUUUUGCAUGAAGUUAUGGAGUGCAAUGAAGAGAGAGACAGGGAUGUUAUGUUGCUGAUAGAAGACAUGAAGGAGCAGACAUCUAAGUAUGAAGCAGAAACUGAGUACUGGCAGGAUAUUCUUCAAGAAAGCCUGGGUUUUUCUGAGGGCAAUCUGUCCAAAGAGGCCACCGAAGACCUCAUGGACCUGGCAGCAAGUGCAUUGGAACUCAAAGUGGAGGACACGUCUCUUACCAGCUUCUACUGUGCCAUCAAUGACAUGACCUCGGAACUGUAUGAAACAAAAUCAAGAAAUGAAGAAAUGGAACUGAAAUAUAAGACUCUCUCGAAAAAACUAACUUCAGCACUGAUGAUGCAAAAACAGAUAGAGGAGGAUGUUGAAAAACUGGAGAAAUUUCAGAGCGCAGAAAAGGCCAAAGCUGAGACACAAUCCAGUACCGUGAAUUUCCUGAAAGUUAAGUCUAAGGAUCUGAAAAUAAGGAUCAGGAAUGCUGAGGAUGAGCUUGUUGGUAGGGGGUUGGACCAAUCCUUGACACACGAGGCACUCAUGAAAUCGUCUGAGGAACUGGCUGCACUGCGUGAAAAAAUUGAGCCAUUGAAGAUGGAACUGAAGUCCUAUAAUGAUUUACCUCCUAGCAUUUCCUUGGCAAAAGUGAAGGUGGAAGAAGCGAGAAAAACACUUGAAGCCUUGGAUGAAGAGCUCACAAGGAAGAUCGAGGCUGUGCCUUUCGAGCUGACAUAGCCCAGCAAACCCCAGCUCACCUGAAGUGGCCUAUGUGGAACACGAUUUUCCUUCUGUUGCCUACUUACUUGCACAAGCAAUGCACUUCAGAAUUCUUACUUGUACCGUGGCAGCUUCCUGCUGUGUUCUUCUCUCUGUUGGCCUUGUGUUUGUAAACUUCACCUAUUUUUCAUUAAAUAGCCUCCAAACUUG